CGCCACAUCGGCAAGCAUUAAGUACGCGUUGCGCGCAUUUACUGCAAAAAAUAUCCUGUGCGUUGUGGUAACAAUCAAAAAAAAAAAAAAAUUACAGUGUGAAAAGCUAAAUUUUGCAAAAUCUUAACACAGCGUGUGCAUUGUAAAACGGACGGAAAAUGAAGAGUUGAAAACAUAUAAAGGCGAAAGGCGAAAGAGUCUACCUUGAAAAUUCUAAAGCACAUCCUUAAGUGAGUGAUAAAAGUGUACGAGUAUGUAUAUAUGUACGACAAGAAAAUUACACACAUACACCUAAACGUAUGUAUGUACAUGCACAUGCACGCAAACAACGCAACAACGAGCACACACAUAUCGCUGUGUAUACUUUGAAAUAGAAAACAAAAAACUACAUGGAAAUGAAAAGCAUUCUGUAAAUGUCGUUGACGAGGCGAGGCGGCGGUUGAGAAGUGCCUUCCAAAGCGGUUCGACAACGAGCUAAAGAACCACACGCUCAGCGGAAAACAGACAAAAAAUGCGUCGCCCGAAAUUUUCGUUGAAGAAAUAUUUUUAUUUCACACUCUUUUGCGCGCUACUUCUGAUAUUCGGAUUCAAUUUGCGUGAACAUGAAAUUUGGAAAUCGAAAAGCGCAGCACCACAAGCACAAGCGCGUUCACCAGACGAACAAGCCGUGCAACCUUAUACGCACAUCGCCAUCACUGUGGCGUCGGAUGAUGAGGCAGGGGCGCUGAGCGCACACGUCGACGACUCGGGCGAAGCGCCUGCGCUUAGCACCAACAACGCGCCACCCAUAGACGCUGUAAAUAAUGAAUUGAGCGAACAACAACAGCAGCAACAUUUGCAUCCAGGACAGGUGCCAUUGGAAAACACCGCUGCACGUCCUUGGUUCUUCCGGCAGGGCGAGUACUAUCCGAAGCCAGCGCACGCCGCGCCUACGCGUACAGGGCAGGGUAAACGUGGCAGUUAUGGUGGUGGUGGUGGUGGCGGCGCAGGCGGCAGUUUGGUGCGUGGCAAGAAGCAUGAUCCACGCGGUGCUGGACUCUUCCCCUAUCAAAACCCGCACAGUGAUCGCAUUGUCAAUCAGUUGAUGUAUGUGCCGCCGAACUAUGAGAAGGUGCGCGCCAGCGGACGACUGAAAAUCAUACUGCUCUACAAUGGACUCGGUCCAUGGAAUGUAAAGCAAGGUCGUGAUGUCUUCCUACGCUCGAAGUGUCCAGUGGAUACCUGCGAACUGACAUCGAAUCGUGGUCUCGCCGACAAAGCCGAUAUGAUACUCUAUAAGGAUCAUUUUAUACCGACUGGGCUGGGGCGACCAGCGAACCCACAGCAGAUUAGCAUGUUGUAUUAUCUGGAAUGUCCAUAUCAUACGCAAAAUGUGAAAGUACCAGACGCCAUUAACUGGACGGCCACCUACAGGCGUGACAGUGACAUUGUGGCGCCUUAUGAGAAAUGGGUCUACUUUAACUCGAAAAUCAACCAAGUGGAGCAGGAUCACAAUUAUGCCAUGAAUAAAACGAAAAAAGUCGCUUGGUUCGUUUCAAAUUGUGGCGCACGAAAUGGACGCCUGCAAUUCGCGCAUGAAUUGCAGAAAUAUAUAGAUGUUGACAUCUACGGCGUUUGCGGCAACUACAAAUGUUCGCGCAACACCGCCGACAAAUGUUUCGAGCUACUCGAUCACGAAUACAAAUUUUACCUCGCCUUCGAGAAUUCCAAUUGCAAAGACUACAUCACCGAAAAGUUCUUCGUCAACGCACUGCAACGCAAUAUUUUACCAAUUGUAAUGGGUGCACGUCCGGAGGAUUAUGAGGUGAGCUCACCACAUCGUUCCUACAUCCAUGUCGAUGAAUUCGCCUCGCCCAAAGAAUUAGCCGAAUACUUGCACAUACUCGAUAAAGACGACGAACUCUACAAUUCGUAUUUCAAAUGGAAGGGCACCGGUGAGUUUAUCAACACGUACUAUUGGUGUCGCGUUUGUGCCGCACUGCAUGACGAGGAGUCAUUACGUAAGCCGCGCUGGUACACGGACGUAAAUGAUUGGUGGCGCGGCGCCGGCGUCUGCACCAACGGUUCGUGGCGKAAUUUUAAGGCGCGCAAGGAUGUCAUACGCGACGAUUAGUGGCGACUGCCAUUGGGUUAUUGGCUGGCAAUUGCAAGCAUUGUUAUUGAAUAUGUUAAGUAAUAGUUUAAGCCAUCUUUAUAAAAACACAAUACAAUACAAAAACAACACAUCAAAUAAUACCGAAUUGCUUAGUGGAUUGAAUGUGGAAUGCGGUGUGGAAGUGCGUGAAUGGUUAUACUCGUACGUAUAUGCAUGCGUAUGUAUGUGUGCAUGUGUUUGUAAGAAUGAGUGUUUGUUAGUGUGACGCACAAUUCGAUGAGGUUAGACUCAGCAGCAGCGGCUAGUGGUUUCUGGCGGUAGGCAGGUGUUGACGGGAAGCUAACCGCUAAAGCAAAAAGCCACAGCCACAUGAAACACAUGAACAUACAUACACUUAUAAAAUUUAUAAAAACAAAAACUAAGAUAAGAAAAUAGUUAGUUUCAUCCGCACCGAAGCUAUAAUACCCUUCACAGGUAUAUUUCUUAUAGCAUAAAGGAUUUUAAAUGAUCACUAUAUUCAUUUUGAACGGUCGGUUUGUUUGGAAGCUAUACAGGGUUUGUCCGGAAAGUAGUAGGACUGAGUCGAUUUAAAAAAAUUUA